GCGCGCCCCCGCGGCCGGCGCGCCCCCGCGGCCCCAGCGCGGCCCGGCCCGGCCAUGCCGGCCAAGAGGAAGCCGGUGCUGCCCGCCCUCAACAUCGCCCCCAGCGCCGCCGAGGGGCCCAGCCCCGACGGCUCCGCAGAGGCGAACCUGGUGGACCUGCAGAAGAAGCUGGAGGAGCUGGAGCUGGAUGAGCAGCAGAAGAAGCGCCUGGAAGCUUUCCUCACCCAGAAAGCCAAAGUGGGAGAGCUCAAGGACGAUGACUUUGAGAGGAUCUCCGAGCUGGGGGCUGGAAACGGCGGCGUGGUCACCAAAGUGCAGCACAAACCCUCAGGGCUCGUCAUGGCACGGAAGCUGAUUCACCUGGAAAUCAAACCUGCCAUCAGGAACCAGAUCAUCAGGGAGCUGCAGGUGCUGCACGAGUGUAACUCCCCCUACAUCGUGGGGUUCUACGGGGCCUUCUACAGCGACGGGGAGAUCUCCAUCUGCAUGGAGCACAUGGACGGCGGCUCUUUGGAUCAAGUGUUGAAAGAAGCCAAAAGAAUUCCCGAGGAAAUCUUGGGCAAAGUCAGUAUAGCGGUUUUACGAGGCUUGGCCUAUCUGCGGGAGAAGCACCAGAUCAUGCACAGAGAUGUGAAGCCUUCCAACAUCCUGGUGAAUUCCCGAGGGGAGAUCAAGCUGUGUGAUUUCGGGGUCAGCGGGCAGCUCAUCGACUCCAUGGCCAACUCCUUUGUGGGAACUCGGUCCUACAUGUCUCCCGAGCGCUUGCAGGGCACUCACUACUCGGUGCAGUCGGACAUCUGGAGCAUGGGGCUGUCCCUGGUGGAGCUGUCGAUCGGAAGGUACCCAAUCCCCCCGCCAGACUCCAAGGAACUGGAAGCAAUAUUUGGCCGUCCUGUGGUGGACGGGGCGGAGGGAGAGUCCCACAGCGUCUCGCCGCGGGCCAGGCCCCCAGGACGCCCCGUCAGUGGCCACGGGAUGGACAGUCGGCCUGCCAUGGCCAUCUUUGAACUGCUGGAUUAUAUAGUUAAUGAGCCACCUCCCAAGCUGCCAAAUGGAGUUUUCACGCAAGAUUUCCAGGAGUUUGUAAAUAAAUGCUUAAUUAAGAACCCGGCGGAACGGGCAGAUCUGAAGAUGCUGAUGAGUCACACCUUCAUCAAGCGCUCCGAGGUGGAGGAGGUGGAUUUCGCGGGCUGGCUGUGCCGAACGCUGCGGCUGAACCAGCCCAGCACCCCCACCCGCGCUGCCGUGUGAGCCCCGCUGGCACCGCAGCUGCCUCUGGCACCACCUCCUCUCCUUCCCUCCGCCACAGAACUGCCCUCCUUCCUCCUCCUCCUUUCCCAGCCCUCCCCCCGACUCCCAGCAGCCAAAGCACCGACCCUUCGGAAGUGUUUUCAUCGUCCGACCCCCCCUCCCUCCCUCCCCGGCCCGAGCGGGGUUGGUUUCUUUUGAUGUGUGUGUUAAGGGGAGGAGGGGGUGUUUUCCAGGCCUCUGCUCCGGCUCUGGAGCUCCUGACACUUUGGGAAUUGUGGUGCUGCUUGUGUUGAUUUUUUUUUUGGUUGGUUUUUUUUUUUCUUUAAUUUGUUGGGUUUUUUUUUGGUGUCGUGUUCGGUUGAAAACGAGAAGGUAACAGGGUGUGGGGGGGUUUGUGGGGGCUGUGGGAGGUGGUGGCAGGGGAUGGGGAGGGUGAUGCUUCACCUCCUCCCUGCUUUUCGCUCCCGGGGUGGAGAAUCAGCGGGAUCAGGAAUGGAGAAACCCUGUCUGGGGUGGCCCAAAACGGUGUCACUGCCCUGCCUGGGGACAGGGGGUGGUCUUGGGGGGUGAUUUAUGGAGGAGACACAGCACUGGGCUCCUCCUGCCCCUCAGAGCAAAGACUUGUGCUUUUUUGGUUGGUUUUUUUUAUUAUUAUUUUCUUUUUCUUUCCUGGUUUUCCUUUUAAACGGUUGUUUCCAAGCCUGGUCUUGUCACGUGCUUGGAUGUUCAGGGAAGGGGCCGGAUCAGUCGGAGGGAAUCAGGUGGGAGCUGGGGGUGGGCAAAUCCCCCCAGGGCUGUGGCUCCCACUUUUCAGUGUCAGGAUGAGGGCAGAGCGUGGAUUUUCCUUCCCUGGCUCCUUCCAGCCCGGAGAGGUGGGAGCAGAGCCUGGUUGGUCACCGUGGCCGUGCCCAGGAUUUGGGGUCCCUCUCCUGACCCCGCCAUUCCCAGGGCACAGGGAAGGGUGAGACCCUGUUUUUCCACCUCUCCAGCUGCCUCUCCCCCAUCCCACGGGUGGCCUCAUCCCUUGUGGAUGUGGCAGAGCUCCAGGAUUCCCUGUUGGAGCCCCCCCUGGAGCCCCCCUGGGCCAGUGUGGGGAUGAACCCACCCAGCCAGACCUGCAUUAUCCCAAAUCCAGAGGGUUUUCCAAAGGGCUGGAAUGGUCCCUCCCAUCAUGGACCUUGCAGGGCCCCAUAGCUGAGCCCCCACCCCUUCAUUUCCCUCCGUGUGUAUUUUGGGGUGAGUCACUCCCCUGCUCCCCCCCGACCCCCCCCAAGCCUCCCCUGAGGAUUUGGGAUUUUUUUGGGAGGGAGGGGCGUUUCCCUUCUUUUUUUUGGCUGUUUUUUCACCCAGUCAGGCUGACAGGUGCCAAUCCCCUCUGCCUCUGCUCAGGUCCCACCACUGCAGCCUCCCCCCCCCCCCAAAAAAUGAAGUGCCAGGGCUUGGGAACCCCAAACCCUUCGUGUACCUUUUCCUUCCCUGUUUUCCAGCGCUGGACGAAGGCACUGCCCUGCUCAGGGCAAACCUGGGGGGAGAAUACCCCAAAUUUUUUGGGGGAAUACCCCAGAUUUGGGAGGGAUACCCCAGUUUUGGGAGGGAUACCCCUGAUUUGGGGGGGUUCUGUGCUUGCUGGCUCAGCUCACGCCCGGACAAGUCACUCCGGAGCUCCAGGGUGCUCAACGUGAUGGAUUUUUUUUGCCUCUUAUUUUCUGUGGGAAGUGGGGAAGAGGACAGUUCCUAAAGAUUCGGGCUAUUUUCCAUAGGUUUUUGGUGCUGGGUUUUGGAGGAGGAAGAGGAGGGAAAGGAGGAGGAGAGUUUGGAUCGAGCGGUUUGUUGGUGCAAUUAAUUUUUUUUUUUAAACUCGAUAUUUUCAUCAUUGGGGGGGGGGGGGGGGAGGAGGAGGGGAAAUAAUAAAUAAACGGCACUUUACAUUU